AUGACAGAAGGAAAAAUCCCGUUCUCAUAUAACGGAGAAGCUUUCGAGACAUACUAUAAAGUCGUCGGCGAGCUCGUAUCUGACGCACCCCCUCCUCUCAUCGUUGUCCACGGGGCGCCUGGGACGUCCCAUGACUACCUCAUCCCACUGUCCGACAUCGCAACGGGCCCAUCUCCUCGUCCCGUCAUAUUCUACGACCAGAUCGGCUCCUCCCGUUCGACUCAUCUUCCCAACAAGCCUGACCAAUUCUGGUCCUUCGAUCUCUUCAUCGCCGAGCUUCAGAACCUCGUACGUCACUUUCAGGUCGAGAACGCAUACCACAUCCUCGGUCAUUCCUGGGGUGCCAUGAUUGCGGUUGAGUUCCUCGUGCGGCAUCACCCCAAAGGUGUCAAGAGCGUCGUACUCGCGAACACCCUCGCCACCGCUUCAUCGUACAAUGCUGCGGUUAAGAGAAUGGAGUGGGCAAUGCCAGGAGGUGUGGGAGAUACGAUUAGGAAGCAUCAAGAGAACGGAACUACGGAAGAUCCUGUGUACAAGAAGGCGAUCAUGUCGUUCUAUGAGGCACACGCAUGCAGGGCGAAGCCGUUCCCGAAGGAGAUCAUCUUCACUUUAUCGCAACAAGCCGGAGAUGGCGAACGCUCCAUCUUUAACGACAUCUGGGACUUCCGCGACCAAAUCCACAUGAUCGAUGUCCCAGGCCUCCUUAUCAACGGCGAGUACGAUUACAUGACUGACAGCGUUUGCGGGCCCUACUUCUCGGAGAUGAAAAAGAUAAAGUGGAUCAAGUUUGCUGAGUCUUCACAUAUGCCGCACUGGGAGGAGCGGGAGAGAUAUAUGGGAGUUCUUCGGGAGUUCCUAAGUCUGUGGGAGUAG